GGCGGCGAAACUACGGUCGCGCGGAGCCGCGUUCAGAGAUUUCGUUGCAAUAACGUCGGCGUGUGGUUCGCGUGAUCGCGAGAGGUUGACAAAACCGUCCGACGUUUAAAUCGAUCGAGUGGCCGUCGUGUCGCGUUGGUGGGCACGUCGAAACCUACCCGGAUCGACGUGUAUUUCGCCUUUGGUGACGUCACCGACAGUUCCGAGGGAUGGCCCGUGCUCUCGAGCACCGCGACGCAUCGCCUCUCCUCCCCUUUUCGUAACCCGUAAAAUCGACCAACAGACAGAGAGAGAGAAAGCGAGAAAGAGAGAGCGAGCGCGAGUGAGUGUGUGUGAGAGAAAGAGAGAGAAACGAAGUUCCGAAAUCACGAACUCGCGGACGACGAAGACGACGACGACGACGACGACUACUAUGGCCGUGGAAACGCGAAGGUGUCUGUAAAACACUGACGUACUCUUUUUAGUGAAGUCGUGUUGCACGCGCCAACCUAUCUCUGUUACCUACCUACACCUUGGGACCGAACGAAUUUAAUCGAGCGAGAGCUCCACACGAGUAGAAUCAUCAGGCCGAAAGGGGUUCGCAGAGAUCGAGUCCUAGAGCGAUAAAGCGAUAGAUAGAGACAGAACGAGAGGGAGAGUGGGAGAGGGAGGGAGAGAUAGCGAGAGACCGGUGAGACCCGGGUGCAAUGUCGUAUCAUCGUGGGGGCCAGGCGGGCGCCGUAGCAGUCUCGUACAGCACCAGUCCAAUGGCGCCGCAUUCUCCCAGCAGACGAUGUUCCAGCGGUAGCGCCGGAACCAGCACCUCCGCUAUCGGCACGUCCACCUCGAAGCUGACCACCUACCGAACUACUGCUUCCUCGUCGAUACUCGAUCGACCCACCAACUUCUACUCGUCCCCGUCGUCGAGCAGCUUCGGCUACCGUUCGAACUAUACGUCCGAAUGCAGGCGAUCCUACUGCCCGUCAGGCAGUUUCUACUCGUCGACGGGCACGAGCAUCCGCAGAAGCUACGUGUCGGACUACCGGUCUCGCUGCUCACCCGCAAGGUCAGUCUCGUCGUCGGCGUAUAGCAGCACGGGCAGCGGUAGCACGGCCACGAAUGUGACGGCGAACGGCACCAGCGGCACCAGAUUUGGGUUGUCCACGUCGUCGUCAUCGUCGAGCAUCUCGUCCAGGGACAGGGCUGUCCAAGAAUCGGCCGCCUCGUUGUCCUCGAGAUUGGAGACAGCCGCGGACCUGAUCAAGUACUCGCCAGCCGGUUACACGCCGAAGAUUCAUCAGACGAGCAGCGCAGCGAGCGGCGGUAGCAGCAGCAGCAGCAGCAGCCUUCAUCAUUAUCAUCACCAGAGGAAGCAUCAUCCGGCCGGUUCGUCGUUGACGGAGCUGUUCGGCGGCGACGAACGUGACCUGGCAGUGGACCGCAGGGAUCACCGUCCGGAGUCGUCGCUCUCGUCGUCCUCAUCGUCGUCUUCCUGCGCCGUCAGCGGUGCGCUCUGGUCCAGGUCGAAGAGAAGGCCACUGUCCAGCAGCACGGUGCUCAGCAGCGGGCAUGCACGCGCGGACAGUGCCGCGUCGCCUGGCGAGGUAACGAUCGACGAGCGCGGCAUAAUCCGCGACUUGGACGAUGACGAUGACGACAAUGACGAGAACGGAGACAAUAACGCCGACGACGAUCAGCACAAGAACAACAACAACAACAAUAACAACAGUGGCGGCGGGAGUAAGAGCAACGGUGCCGAGGACCCUGGCUCCUGCGGCGCCGGUGGCGGUGGCUCCGCGGUGGCUCAAUACGGGAUAAACAACAACGACCGGUCAGACCGCUCAGACGAUGACGAGGACGACGACGACGCGGACGACGAAGACAACAACAAGCACCUGAACAACCGGCAUCAACGGCAGCAACGACAGCAACAACGCGGUGCUGCUGCCCAUCGGACCGACGAGGUUUCACCAGCUAAGCGUAACCUCUUGUCGCAUCCUGUGCCCGGUGUUGGCGGUGCUGGCGAUGCUGGUUUGAUCGGUGUUAAGCUCGACUUGCUCACUAACCUAGCCACUAAUCCGAGUAACGGCGGGCUGCUGAUUAACAACAACGCUCAGGAGAAGAUCCGCCCGGAGGAAGAGGACGUGGAGAUCGGCGACGACACUGGGGGCGAGACCAGCGGCGGCGGCGGAGGCGGCGGUGGUGAGGUAAUACGUGGGAUCGUCGACGAGGAGAUAUCGUUCCUCCGUGGCGGACGUACCGGCGACCCGGAGAGUUUCGAGGACGGCGGAGAGCAACGGAACGCGUCGUCCACGUCGUACGAUAUCGUUCAGACGGAAUUCGUGGGCGGCACGCCGCCCAUUUUGCAAAACGGCGUGGCGGGAAGACCGUCCGGCACUUAUGGGGACGACCCAUCCGUGCCUUCCACAUCCAGGAGACCGGAUGGUCAUUUCUCCGGUUCGAGUAGCACUGCCAGUUCUCUGACCUCCUCGCCCACCGCACCGUCCACGGCGCACCAGAAUCUCUACCGCGGGGUCGUCGAUCAGUUCGAAGGAAGCCCGACAAACAAAUCGGCGCGUAAUCGGCUACAGGCGCAUCGCGAUGAGCGAUGUGGACUGAACGGGUUGAGGAAUAUCGGGAAUACAUGUUUCAUGAACAGCGUGAUUCAAUGCCUGAGCAACACGAGACCGCUGCUGGAGUAUCUGCUGAACGAACAGUACCCGGCGGACAUAAACACCACGACGAGCAGCAUGAAGGGCGCGUUGAUCAAGGCGUUCAGCCAGGUGAUCCACGAGCUGUGGGAGGUGGGCGGUGACCACGUGGUAAACACAACGGCGCUUAAGUCUCAGAUACAGAGAUUCGCGCCGCGGUUCAUGGGUUACAGCCAACAGGACGCUCAGGAGUUCCUCAGAUACCUGCUGGAAGGUCUGCACGAGGACGUGAACAGGGUCACGGUGAAGCCCCAGCCGAUACACACGGAUAUUCCCGAGAUGUAUACGGACAGUCAGAAGGCGUUGGAGAGCUGGAAGCGCUACCUGCGCAGCGAGGACAGCAUGGUAGUGGACGUGUUCGUGGGUCAAUUGCGCUCCUCGUUGCACUGCACCUCCUGCGACCACGUGUCGGUCACGUUGGACCCGUUCUGGGACCUGAGCCUGCCGAUACCGGCGAGAAGUGGCACAGUGAAACUGAGCCAGUGCCUGGAGCACUUCACGCGGGAAGAGGUGCUCGACGGCGACGAGAAGCCGACCUGUUCCAAGUGCCAGAUGAGGAGAAAGUGCACCAAGAGCUUCAGCAUACAGAAGUUCCCGAAGAUUCUCGUUAUCCAUUUAAAACGGUUCUCGCCGAUGGAACGGUUCCGCAGCAAGCUUAACGUGAUGGUGGACUUCCCUUUGACAGGUUUGGAUCUCAGUGCCUUUGCCGGGCCCAGAGUCCCGGGUUGCACGUACAAUCUGUACGGGGUCGCGAAUCACUCGGGCACGACGCACUCCGGCCAUUACACGGCGUAUUGCAAGCAUCCGUACUCGGGGGAAUGGCACGAGUACAACGACAGCCGGGUGUCCGUUGUCUCGGCUAAAUCGGUCGUUUCCAACGAAGCCUACGUGCUCUUCUACGAGCAGCAGCCUCACAGCUCUCACUUGUAACCCUACGCCAUGCCUAGAGUAUAAAAGAACAAAACAUUUAAACAAAACAAAAAAACGACCAUCUUGCCUCUCGAUACCUCAGUCAAGCCGUAUACUAUAAAAAGAGAAAAAAAAAAGAGAAACGGAGAACGAAAGGGGAAGACAGGACGGACAAAGGAAGGAGGAUACUUUAUCGUGCGGUAUUGAAAAGCGACUAAACACUGAACGACGAGGAAGAACGCAGCCGUGGUCGUUUUCGUUAAGGCGGAUGAGCAAUGGGUACGAAGAGCAUCGGAUCCGCGUGUGUGCAUCGUGUGACUGUUGGCGAUAAUCAUGUUCCGCUCGAUCGAAUCAUUUUGUUUCUCUUCGUGGAGACAAGAACGUCGGCUCCUUUGAACGACGCGACGCCUUGGUGCAUUUUUGUUUCAUCGAGAGUUUUCCUGACGGUCAGAAAUCGUCGCAUCCUCUUCCGAAUCUUCCACGUUUAUUAUUUCUUUUUUUUUCUUUCUUUCUCACGACCUUUCCUACUCUACCCUAUCUUUUCACCUAGUUCAAUCUAUUAUUUUUAUACGGAACGAUUAAUAGUUUCGGGAACGAGAUUCGCCAGACAAGUUUCGAUGAGAAUAACGAAGAGAAGAUCAUGACCUCGCCAAAGAUCACGUGAACAUGGGAUUUAGAAGAGAAUAAACAUGAACGCUUCGGAUGUCUAGUUACUUUUGAAUAGACGAUAUAGUAAAGAGAACAAAAAAUGAAAACUAAUGAAUAAUAUACAUCUAUCCUCACUCUUUCACUGAACACCUGGCAAUCUACAGCUAUUUACUUUUGUAAAAUAUUUUGUUUAAUAAUAUCACAGUCAAGAGUUAUUUAUUUAAUUUAUGGAAAAGAGAAAAAACUGAUAAAAUACUAAUAUAUUCGAUAUUGACGAAUAUAAUAUAUAAAUAUAUAUAUUAUUAUACGUAUUACACAUACCAAUAAAAAGUAACAAAGAUUAAGAGAAAACAAUGAACGGACGAAAUGAUUUUUCUUAUCGCCGUGAUAUCUACUCACUCCUCGUCUAACUAAAACAAGAGAAAAAGAAAAGAUGAGAAGGUAUCGAUGUUAAAUUACUAAGGGAGAACAGGUUGCGCACUGUUUCUUUUUUUAAAAAUCGAAUGUGUCCUUAAGAGAAAUAAGUGUGACAUCGUACCCGGUGAUUUAUUACCGCCUUUUGGAAGUUCCAAAUCGGUUUUAAGUAGUAUUGCUUAAUUAAAUAAAUUCUUCGCAAGAAAAAAACAAACCCUGACGCAUCUAUUGGUAUUAAUAAACUACUAAAUUU